AGAACACAGGACCAUGAUCAAUGUUGUCCCCUCUGGCCGACGCGUCACCACUGAGCCCCGGAGCCAAGAUAAAACCUACGGCGAGCCCCCAGCCUCCUCAGUGCCCGCCAAGGCUCAGUCGAGGUGGGAGAGGUUGUCAGCUUGUUCCGGUUGGGGGUGGCUCGAGUGUGAGGGUGUGCGUGCGUGAGUGCGUGUGUUACUCGCUGCGUCAGGAUCCCAAUAUCGCCGCUGCUGCCACCGCCGCCGCCACACUCCCCGGCCAGUGUGUGAGCGGUAGUGGGUGCGGGCGGACGGAGCGUGUGAGAGCAAUCGAUCCCUGCCACUGCGGUAAUCCGGUUCGCCACUCCGUCGCUGGCUAUACAAGAGGCUCGACCGGACGUCUGCUGUGAGUGCCAGGAAAAACACGGGUCCAGCCAGGCCAUCCGGCGCCGCCCGUUGGGUGCACGCACACACGCAGGCGUGGACACGGCACACGGUGAAUGAUCCAACCAGGUGAGUGGAUCCGCCGAGGACACAUGCAGAUCCAUCUACACUAAGGCGACUUGGGCGGCGGGCGUCCGUCAGAAGGAGCCGUGAUGACCAGUGCCCGGCGCCCCGGCGUCGGGGACCGUUAGUCACCACAAGCGUGUGAAGAUAGGAGAGCAGCUCAGACUGAAGCGCGGCGGAGGCUUGUGGGAUGCAGGAGGUGGGCUCGGGGCGGCCUCAGCCAGAGUGACCCCUCCGCCAUGCGUCCCCCGGGCCCGCUGCUGCUGUUGUUGGCCGCCGCCGCUGCCACCGCCAAGCACUGUCCAGAUAUCUGCACCUGCAAGUGGAAAAACGGAAAACAAACGGCAGAGUGUCGCCAGAGAAGGUUAAACACACUGCCUGAUAACCUCGAUGUAGAAACGCAGGUGUUGGAUCUCUCCAUUAACUCAAUUCAGCGCCUCCCAAGAAGAGCCUUUGCACAGAAUGGAUUAACGAACCUUCAAAAGAUCUUCCUCAGGACUUGUGAACUGGCGGAGAUAGACAAUGAGGCACUCGUUGAGUUGAGCAACCUGGUAGAGCUGGACUUGAGUGAGAACCGUCUGCGCACCAUCCCCAGCCCCAUCUUCCGACACACGCUUGAACUUCGCGAGCUGUGGCUGAGCCAUAACCCCAUUCAGGCGAUUCUCGCAGACGCCUUCAUCCACCUCACCUCCCUCAGGGCCCUUGAUCUCUCUCACUGCAACAUUCGAACCAUCGUUGCCCGCGCCUUCCAGCCGCUUAAAAAACUGGAAAAACUGAAGCUGGCCUUCAACCAACUGACAGAGUUGCGGCCUCGACUGGUGGACAGCCUCCGCAAUCUUCAUGAAGUGACAGUGCACAACAACCCAUGGAACUGCGACUGCCGCCUGCGGAAGCUGCGUGAGUGGCUAGUGGAGGAAAAUGUGCCGCACGAAGUGUCCCCUGUAUGCGCCAAACCUGAGAGAAUACAGAAUCGAACCUUUGAUGAGGUGGGCGAGCACGAAUUUGCGUGUCCGCCUGAAAUUCUGCCCAAUAUGAGUCACACAGUACGCGGCAUUGCGGGUGGGAACGUGACGGCGUGGUGUCCCGUAGGGGGUCUGCCCACUCCACGUGUGUUGUGGUUUGUGCGUGACGUGUUGGUGCACAAUGAGUCCCUUUUGGGGGAAGGAGGCGCCCGUGUCUACAUUGCCAACAUGACCGAGGGCGAGCGAGGGAGCCUCCUGGUGCUUUCCGGAGUGCGAGUCGAGGACUCCGGCAUCACCAUCCGCUGCGACGCCACCAACGCCGCCGGAACCGACUCGGCCGCCUUCCACCUGGUGGUGUCACCCGGAUCCUCUCUCGGGUUUUCGAUGGACAAGGUGGCUGCGGUGUCCUCGGUGGCAGUGGUGGUUGUCCUGCUGCUGGUGGGGGUGUUGUCCUUACUGGCGCAUCGUCGCCGUGCCAACAGUGCGGUGCCAGUCAAGACCAUUACUGUGAACGGUGCAACGGAGACGCGGCUCGCCAACCUGCCCUACACGCCCUCAGCCUACGUUGGCGGUUCGGUGGUGUACACGAAGGAUAAUCCUAACUUGCUGUGCGAGAAGGACCAUUCGUCUGACGGGGAGGCUGCAGAGUGUUGCACCACUGACGAGGAAAGCCAGCAUUCCAUGUGCAGCGUUGGGCCGCGGCUGGGUGGGCACAGUCGCAGCCUGGAUGGCGACAAGGCCACCCUGGGCUGUCCUUUCGACGCCAUGUGGGAGCCGGAGCGCGUGCAGGCCAUGCUGGACUCGGCGGCGCCCGAAAACGUCAUGCACUCCUCGCUGCACGAGCCGCUGGCACCAAGCUGCAACGCCAUGGUGCAGCAGAGACUGCUGUCCUCCUCACAGCGCCACCUCAACAACCGGCUCUCUUACUUGCCGGACUUCGCACCAGACUACUCAGCACUAUACGCAUUCAGUCAGGUGGGAUCAGGCCAGGCAUACGCCACCUCCACCUCUACGUCCCACUAUGGCACCAUCCCGCGCUCCGUGAAGGUUCG